GACCGAGGUGACGCAGUGUCGGUGCAGCAGGAGGGGGAGGAGGAAGAAGAAGGCGAGUCUGCGCCGCGCUACCAUUUAGUACCCGCCUCUUGGACCUGCUGGCAGCGAGUAAGUCUUCCGGACUUCGCGCCCACUAAGCUCACUCAGGGAGAGGCUAACGAUGAGGAUGAUGAUGAUGCUGGGGAUGAGGAGGAUCCUGACUUCGAAGAGAGUAACCUAACGCCUGCCUUGGUUAUCCACGGGGAGGAGGAUCAAAGAACCCUCCCUUCUGAAGAUGUUUCUGACGAGCGUGUGCCGCUGUGUGAUACCUACGGCUCCGAGUGGAAAGGGUUCUUUUGUAGCACGCUUAAGGUGCCAGUUACCUCUUCUGUCGCGGAAGUUUUUCGCCUGCGACCCACGCCACCCUCAGGUACCCUGAGUGAUGCCAGUUAUCGUCGUGCACAGAAACAUUUUGGCCAGAGACUGGGUGCCUGGUACUCCCUGCUCCAAUUCUGCAUAGCUUCCGAGAACCUCACGCCCGCAGAGAUCGAAGCC